AACAGGUGAAUGCUAUUUGAAAGUGGCGCCCGUUUAGGACCAAUUUUUACGAUUAUUUCUGCUAAAUAGUGACUAUUUUAUAGUGAAACAAGUGUUUAAGUACGCGAGUGGGACUCACUUUACGAACAGUCGUUUUAUUCCACAAAUUUCUCGUUUACUUCAGCGCAGCCUUCAAAGAGAUCGCUCCGAGUGGUUUCUCCGAUUUUCCUUCCGCUCUCCUUGAAGUCUUCGAUGAAGCAUUGCAACCGCACGCAAGUACCCCCUCUAAAUCGCACCUCAUGAACGCUACGCUGUAGGUAAUCAAAAUAAAACCAGGUUUCCGGCCAAAUCAUCCUGUGUCGACUGAUUAGUUGAUUGACUGGCCAUUUGAGUUUGAAGCCUUAUUGGCUCCGAUUUGCAAUUCAAAUAUUCACAAAAACGCGCAAUCAUCUCGCUGACCUGGUCGACCACCAAGAACGACGAAUUCUGGAGGUUCACGUGCCUACUAGUUCAAUGGUUCGAGCAGAAGAAGUGAAAAUUUGCGGAUUGGUUUUUGGGGGUCCUCGAAGCCGCUGAAGUUGGUUCGUAUCAUGGGACAUGCAGAGGCUGGAUGCGCUGACCGACAGCAGAGCAACAAGAAUAUUCUGUGCUGGAAAAGGAAAAGCAGUGUGAAAAAUGAAAAUACGAAAAAGGCCAAAUUAGAGACCAACCAGAAACUGUCGCUCCUCAUGCUGGCCAUCGGCGACUUUCUCAGUGUCUGCGCCCUGUCCAUCAUUUCUCCAUUCUUCCCGGCUGAAAGCGCCCGAAAAGGCGUCUCAGCCUCUAUAUCGGGGCUAAUUUUCGCUGUCUAUGCGCUGGUGGUGUUCGUGUCGUCUCCCAUAUUCGGCAUGCAGCUUCCGAAAAUUGGAGCCAAACCCAUGUUUGUUUUCGGCGCUUUUGUAGCCGGCAUCUCCAACGUAAUGUUCGGCUUCAUAGACCGACUGAACACCUUCGAGAUCUUCGUCGCAGCCUCGUUUACCAUCAGAAUAGUGGAGGCGUUGGGGGCGAGCGCCCAUUCGGUAGCUGCCUACGUGUUGGUGGUGGACAUUUUCCCGGAUAACAUUGGAACUGUUCGUGGGCUGUUGGAAACCUGCGUAGGGCUGGGACUGAGCGCUGGCCCGGGGAUCGGGGGACUUCUUUACGGGGUUGGAGGCUUUGGGCUGCCCUUCUUUGUCUGCGGAGGCAUUGCGCUAUUCGUUGCUGUGGUGAACGUGUUUAUCCUACGGAAGCCUCAGAGAAACGAAUUCAAACCCAGUGGAACCAUGCUCAGUUUGAUCCGUCUACCACCAGUGCUGAUCACUUGCAUGAUUACCACUCUUGCUGCCAUGUCCGGGUCCUUCUUGGACCCCACUCUAGAGCCUCACAUGAGAAAAAGCUUUGGGUUAUCCCCCAGUCAAGUGGGGCUGCUGUUUCUACUCAGCUCGGCCACCUACGGGCUGUGCAGCCCCCUCUGGGGCUGGCUCUCGGAUAGGAUCAAGCACUACAGCUGGCUUAUGACCACUGGGCUGUUUGGAUCUGCGCUCGUGCUGCUGCUUCUCGGGCCCUCGCCAUUGCUGACCUUCUUGCAAGACUCAGUCUGGCUCAAAGCAGUGGCUCUGGGGGGUCUUGGAGUGUCCACAGCCAUGACCGUUAUCCCCACAUACCAAUUCAUGCUGGACAGUGCCGUGAAUAGAGGCUUUGCGGAAAACCUGGGCACGCAUGGCAUGAUCUCGGGGCUGUGGGGAUCCGUCUACUCCCUGGGCGAAGUUAUCGGGCCGAUUUUAGGCGGCACUUUGAUGGACAACUUCAACUUUUCCGUCACCGCCACUGUGCUGGCGCUUCUCAACUUUCUGCUCGCCAUAAUUGCUCUGGUCUACUUCAAGCUGAAUGCGCUGAACUCGAAAGCUGACAAAGCGAUCCACGGAACGGACAGUGAAGCUGGCGGAAGCGCAGAAAAGUGCGGCCAGAAGGAUAAUAUUUCGUGUGUUAGAUUCUAGGGGGACCAAUGGACUGCUUAACUGUGCCAAGGCGUGCAAUUGUUACAAAGUUGUUUAAAAAGCGCACUCUAAUAAAGAUGCUGAAGAGUU